CUAGUAGUUAUUUUGCUAUAUUUAAGUACCUACGUAUAGUGCGCGGUUGACAGCCGUGCACGACACUCGCGUCUAAUAAACUCCUGCGCAGACCCCCGACAUUCACUAAUCUUAAGCUCAAUGAGCAUUUCCUGAGUAACCAGUAGCCAUGUGCAGAACUUUAGUAUAAUUUUAUUAUUUUUUAUUAAUCUCCGUGAUAUUGACAGUGAUAUAUAGGUAUUAAGUAGUAUUAUUUAAAGUGAUAUAUUUAAAAUGGAGUACAAAUGUUUGAUUUUCAUCUCUAUUUUAAUUUGUGGAGGAAAUGCUUCUUUUGAUUUAGCAGGAGGCCCAAAGAGCAACGGCACAUUUCCUAAAGGUUUUUUGUUUGGUGUAUCCACGGCAGCCGUGCAAAUAGAAGGAGCAUGGAAUGAAGACGGUAAAUCCGAGAGUAUUUGGGAUCAUUUGGUACACACUAAUAAAAGUUUCGUCAAGGAUGGUUCAAAUGCGGAUGUCGCCGCUGACUCGUAUCACCUUUACAAAAGGGACGUUGAGAUGGUUCGAGAGCUCGGCGUUGAUAUUUACCGAUUUUCCAUCUCAUGGCCGAGGGUACUUCCCACCGGUCGUACCAACUUGAUUAACCCCAAGGGCAUUCAGUACUAUAGUAACCUAAUUGAUGAAUUACUAAAGCAUAAUAUAACGCCAAUGGUCACGAUAUACCAUUGGGAUCUACCUCAAAAACUUCAAGAUAUUGGUGGCUGGACAAACGCUCAUUUGGUGGAUUAUUACACCGACUACGCUAAUGUACUGUUCCAAAACUUUGCGAGUCGAGUGAAGUAUUGGGUCACUUUCAAUGAACCAAUGCAGACUUGUUUGGAAGGUUACGGAGGCACUUACAGAGCUCCGGCAUUGAAUAGGCACGGAAUAGCUGAAUACCUUUGCACCCAUAAUCUUUUAAAAGCUCAUGCGAGCGUUUACCAUCUUUUCAAUGACAAAUAUCGUAGUAUGAAUGGAGGUAAAAUUGGAAUGUCAUUAGAUUCUAAUUGGGCGGAGCCGAAAACUAAUUCUUCGCGAGAUAAAGAAGCUGCUGACUUGUAUCUUAAAACACAUAUGGGCUGGUACGCACAUCCAGUUUACUCCAGUGAAGGAAACUACCCACCGGAAUUAAUAAGGCUCGUAAACGAAAAAAGUCGUCAGCAAAACUAUACAAGAUCUCGCUUACCAGUAUUCAGUCCUGCUGAAGUGGAAUAUAUCAAAGGCACAGCAGAUUUCUUCGGACUUAACCAUUACACCACGUAUCUUCUUAGUAUGGCAGAUGGAGAAGUAGGGGGUAUACCCUCUCACGAAAACGACGUAGGCAUCGUCAGAAUUCAAGACUCGAGUUGGCCUUCAAAAUCUUCAUCAUCUUGGCUAAAGGUGGUACCAUUCGGUUUCCGUCGACUACUCAACUAUAUAUCCAAAAACUACAACAAUGUGCCAAUCAUAGUGACAGAGAAUGGUUAUGCCGACUUCAGCGGUGUGGAUGACCACGCGAGGGUGUCGUAUUACAGUCAUUACCUGAACGCUCUCCUUCAUGCUAUCCACGUAGACCGCUGCAAUGUCCACGGCUACUUCGCCUGGAGUCUGAUGGACAACUUCGAAUGGGACGACGGAUAUGUGUAAGUUUACAUGACAAAGUCCAGUCACCAAAGAGAGGGAAUAUAUGGGGUGAAAUACCCCAUAUAUUCCCUCGUCAAGCGCACAACAAAAAUAAAAUGAUCCCGCAUUCAUUCUUUCCAUUCCAU